UUUUUUUCUUUUUUUGUGGUUAUAAACACGGCAAAUGUGAUUUCGAUCACUUUAAAUUUUAUUCUUACCCGACCAUUUACUGUACUGCGAGUACCAAGUUUGUUUUUUGCCCAUUCAUAGGUACCUCUUAAUCUUGGUCGGUAACUGCACGGAAAAAAGGGUAUUUCACAAUUUACAACAGUACCGAUGGCGUCCAGAAGCAGGCUUAGUAGGAACGAUAAUUCUAUGGCGGAACGGCGGUUGAGACCGAUCUAUGAAUGGAUAGACAACGGAAAUUAUAAAAAGGCCUUGCACGAGUUGGACAAAUUAAUAAAAAAAUUACCAAGUCAAAAUUGUUCCAAAGCACUGAAGAGCUUGACCUUAGUCCGCCUUGGAAAAGACCAAGAGGCGAUAACGUUGUUGAAAGAAGUUAGAGAAUGCAAGCCAUCUGAUGAAUCAACAUUGCUUGCAUUAACAGCUUGCUAUAGAGAAUUAAAAAAACCUCAUAUGGUAUGUGAAGUAUACGAGGAUGCUUUACUCCAAGAUCCAGUUAAUGAAGAGUUAUUAUCUAGUCUUUUUAUGUCUUACGUUCGUGUUUGUGAUUACAAAAAACAACAGCAGACUGCAUUAGCUCUCCAUAAAGUUAAACCAAAUAACCCAUAUUAUUUUUGGGCUAUUAUGAGUAUUGUUAUGCAGGCAUAUCAAGCAAAUGAUGAAAUAUCAAAAAGAAUUACUCUACCAUUAGCAGAACGAAUGGUGCAAAAAUAUAUUAAUGAAGACAAAAUUGACGCUGAACAAGAAAUCCAGUUGUAUUUGAUGAUAUUAGAUAUGCAGAGAAAAUACAAAGAAAGUUUAGAAAUUCUUAAUGGUCCACUAGGUGAUAAGUUACAUCGAACUGUGGGUCUCACACGCAAAAAAAUUGAUAUUUAUUUUGAAUUGGAAAUGUAUGCUGAAGCAAACUCAUAUCUAAAAAGUUUACUUCUCAAAGACAUAGAUUCGUGGAUUUACUAUACUAAAUAUUAUGAUUCAUUAUUUAAAAUAAUUGAGUCUAAGGAUAAAUACUUAAACUGCAAUGGUAAUAAUGAUUGUUUACCUCUCUUUGAUUCAUCUAUAGAAGAAGCUUUGUUGUUUCUAAAUGAAUUGCAAAAAUUAAAUUCUGAGCAAAACUAUCCUCAAAGAGGAGUAUAUCUUGCUCGUCUUGAAUUAUAUUCUAGACUAAAAGAAAAUGCUUAUAAAUACAUGGGUGAUGCUAUCAAUCUUUUAAUUGAAUAUUUUAAGAUAUUUGGACACAAGCCUUGUUGUUUUUAUGAUCUAAGACCGUAUAUGUCACUUUUAAAAGAAGAAUUACUUGAUGAAUUUUUGAAGAUAUUGGAUGAAAUUGUUAAUUUAAAAGAAGGAGAGUUUCCAAAAACUAAACCUCAAAUGGAAUGUUAUUUAUCAUAUCUCCAAUUAGCCAGACAUGUUGGAAUUCAUGAUCUCAUGAACACCGAAGAAAAGUUAAAACUUGCUGAUCGUUUACUCAGAUGCUAUCACAAAUGUGAGAUAUUUAAUAAUAGCAAAAGAUCUUCAGAAAUAAUGGCAAAUGAUACUUUUGUUAUAAUGAUGGCACAUUUAAUGUAUGAUAUUUGGGUUGAAAAUAAUCGACUCACGUAUAUAAGGGAAGCCACUGUUGUACUUGAGUAUGCAUAUGCUCUAAGUCCCUCAAAUUUUCAUAUAAAAUUGUUAUUAUUAAAAUUCUACCAUAUGUUAGGAGCUUCUGAUGCGUCAAAUUUAGCAUAUAUAAAUUUAGAGAUAAAAAAUACUCAGCUGGAUUCAUUAGGUUAUUUACAUACUUUUCAAAUGUUCAAUGAAGGUCGUUUCCAGAAUGCAUCUAAACUAUAUGCUACAACUAUCAGAUUCUUUUCACAUAACUAUCGAGAGGUCGCAGAUCAUUUAACAAUAUCUUACAAAUUUGGAUCUUUUAUCAAAAUUAUUGAAUUUGUGGAAUUUAGAGAAAAACUUAAAUAUUCUAUUCAUCAUUCUAUGUGUCUUAUAGAAAACUAUUUCAUUUCAUUACUUGAUGUUGAUAAUUUGGAUGAUUGCUUAGAGAUUUUAUUAAAAAUGAAUGGUGUACCGGAAAUUGCUUCAAAGUCUCAACUCAAAAAAAUGAUUAAUAACCGAGACUAUUCAGUUCUAAUAAACUACAAUCCUCCUACACGAUGCUUAACUACAGAACAUUCAAAUCAAAUAUUUUCGCAUGAUUUACGUUUAUUGGAAAUCCGUGCUGUUUUGCUAAGUUGUAUUUAUUACAGUGCAAGAAUGAUAAAACAAUCUAGUGCUCAAAAUAUUAAAACUACUUCAGAAGAAGUAAAUGGACUCAAUCCUGAUGAUGAAUCUCUCAAUUCAAAUGACUUAGAUCAAUUAGAUCUUCAUUUGAAAACUUUGAAGACCCUUAGUGUUCAAUUGGAAAGUGAUCCUCCAGUUCCAGUUCCUAAUAGUGUAUUUGGAAGUUUUUUUGGAUCCAAGUUAUUUGGUUUCGAUAAAUCUAAGACUAUGUUGAUAAUUGUCAUUAACUUCAUUGAAUUUAUACAAACAAUAGGGUCAGAUGUAAAAACUUCCAUUUCCACAGAUGAUGAAUGGAUUGCAAAAAUGAAAACCAAUGCUAAUGAACUAACCAUUGCAUUUGACAAAUCAAUUACAUAUUGUAAAUUUGUUAUUUCAAAAGCAAUAAAUGAAAUAGAUUCUAGUCUAAAAUUAGAAGGGAGAAAAGAAGUAUUAGAAAUACUUACAAAUAUGAUAGAUACUUUGAAUAUAUCAUGCGUAUUUCUUUCCUUAGCAACAUACUUUAUAAAAAGUUUUCAAAAUAAAAUAGUUUCUGAUCCAAAGAAAAUUAAAGCAAAACGAAAAACUCAUUCUACACUCUAUAAUCCAGAGACUCAAUAUAAAGGUAAAUCAGAAAUUUUACGUGAGGUAGUGAAAACUGUUCAAAACAAUACUAGUCAUAUACUUGUCUGUGUGAAGAAUGUGGAGGACGCAUGGACUCGUAUGGGAUGUGGUAAUUCCAAUGCAUUGAUGUUAAAAAAACAUGAUUCAGACUAUAUAGCUAAUGAUACUGAAGAAGGAAAAGAGGCUGACAAAAUAAGACAGAUCACAGCAGACAGGUGGCGACAGUUAGUGGACACUAUUGAUAAGAAGAUUAGUGACAGUUAUAGUGGUUCGUUAGAUGAAAUGAUAAAAAUAUUAAUUAAAAAACAAACACAAAUCAACAAACUACCAUCAUUUUAAAUGGUAAUUUAUAAUUUUAAGAAUAUUUGUAAAUAUUUUAUAUUUAUCACAAUAAAUUGAUAUCUAAAAAUAUAUGAAAAUAUGUUUGUGCUUUGAA